AUGACGGAUUCGUUGUCAAUUUCAACAGGUUCAACCGGAGACAACAAAAUGUUAGCAUCAAAUUCAGUGGGUAUCACCAGCUUGUUGACAUUUGUCAUCCUAAUAUUAGCAUGGAUUGUUGGUUUUGCUUCACGAUUAUUUGCUGUUAUUCGAUUUGAAUCUAUUAUCCAUGAAUUCGAUCCAUGGUUUAAUUACCGAUCAACGCACUAUAUGGUUGAACAUGGCUUUUAUAAUUUCUUAAACUGGUUCGAUGAUCGAGCAUGGUAUCCGCUUGGACGAAUUGUUGGAGGCACAGUUUAUCCUGGACUCAUGGUAACUUCCGGGACAAUACAUUACAUUUUAUCAUUUUUAAAUAUUUCUGUACAUAUCAGAGAUGUUUGUGUUUUUCUGGCUCCAACAUUCAGUGGUCUCACAGCUAUUGCUACAUAUUUUUUAACGAAAGAACUUUGGACACCAGGUGCUGGUUUGUUUGCAGCAUGCUUCAUCGCCAUUUCACCCGGUUAUACUAGUCGUUCAGUUGCCGGCUCCUACGAUAAUGAAGGAAUUGCAAUUUUUGCAUUGCAGUUCACUUAUUUCUUAUGGGUUCGCUCUGUGAAAACUGGUUCCGUGUUUUGGGCAACAUUAACUGCUUUAUCAUAUUUCUAUAUGGUCUCUGCUUGGGGGGGUUAUGUGUUCAUCAUAAAUUUGAUUCCAUUGCAUGUUCUUACACUCAUAUUAAUUGGCCGGUAUUGUUCUAAGCUUUACAUUGCAUAUACGACUUUCUAUAUUUUGGGACAAAUAAUGGCAAUGCAAAUACCAUUUGUUGGCUUUCAGCCUGUGAAAACUUCCGAACAUAUGGCUGCUGCUGGUAUUUUUGGCUUGUUACAGGUUAUCGCGGCGUUAAAGUAUAUGCAGCAUCGAAUUUCAAGGAAAGAAUUUAUGACUUUAUUUUUCGGUGGAAUUUCCUUGGUAUUUGUAUUAGGAAUAUUUACGAUUAUUGUUCUAACAUAUGCUGGCUAUAUAGCACCGUGGUCGGGACGUUUUUAUUCACUGUGGGAUACUGGUUAUGCAAAAAUUCAUAUACCAAUUAUUGCAUCUGUUUCGGAACAUCAGCCCACUACUUGGGUUUCAUUCUUCUUCGAUUUGCACAUCACAGCUGCUGUUUUUCCAGUCGGUUUGUGGUACUGUGUUAAAAAUGUCAAUGAUGAGCGAGUUUUCGUGAUACUUUAUGCAGUAACGGCUGUUUAUUUUGCUGGUGUAAUGGUUCGUUUAAUGCUUACACUUACUCCAGUUGUUUGCAUACUUUCUGGAAUAGCUUUCUCUUACACGUAUGAAAGGUAUCUUCUGGUCAAUGACGGUGAUCAAUCAAAAAGUGUUAAUAACGACGAAGAAAACCAACAUUUAUACGAUAAAGUUGGAAAAGGACGGAAAAGUGGUUCAUGGACGAAUCAAGCAGUAUUGGAAAAUGAUGAAAUGUCUAUCGGAAUGAAUGCGCGGUCUAUCGUUUCAGUGGUAUUAGUUCUGAUGCUGCUAAUGUUUGUUGUGCAUUGUACAUAUGUCACGAGCAAUGCGUAUUCUCAUCCAUCUGUUGUCUUGCAGUCGCAUAGUUCUAAUGGGGGCCGCGAAAUUAUGGAUGAUUUUCGUGAAGCCUAUUACUGGUUGCGAAAAAAUACGGAAGAGAAUGCUCGUGUGAUGAGUUGGUGGGAUUACGGUUAUCAAAUAGCUGGUAUGGCAAAUCGUACCACCCUGGUUGAUAACAAUACGUGGAACAAUUCACAUAUAGCUCUAGUUGGAAAAGCGAUGGCAUCGAAUGAGUCAGUUGCGUAUGAAAUCAUGUAUGAACUAGACGUCGACUAUGUAUUGGUUAUUUUUGGCGGCGUUAUUGGAUAUUCAGGUGAUGAUAUUAAUAAAUUUUUGUGGAUGGUACGGAUAGCUGAAGGUGAACAUCCAAAAGAGAUACAUGAAGCAAAUUAUUUCACAGAGUCAGGUGAUUAUAGUGUUGGAUCAGAAGCUUCAGAAACGAUGCUCAGUUCUGUAAUGUACAAAAUAACUUAUUAUCGUUUCGCAGAUUUCGAGAUAGCUUAUCGGCAACAGGCAGGUUACGAUCGAACUCGUGGAUAUAUUAUUGGUCGGAAAAAUAUUGUAUUGGAACACUUGGAAGAAGCUUUCACAUCACAAAACUGGCUUGUGAGAAUUUACAAAGUGUUGAAGCAGAAGAAUAGACCAGUGAUUCCAAGAAAGAAUAGGAGAAAACAGACAGUGUUACAUUCCAAUUUUAAAAAAGAUAAGAUAAAGAAAGGCAUUGUGCAAGGAAAACCAACAGUAGUGAAAGGACGUCAACCACCAAAGCGUGCUUAA